CACAGGCCGCUCGCUCCUUUUCUUUAUCUCUUAUUUUGUUUAAAAAGAGGUUUGAUUAGCAGAAGAUGCACAGGCUGGCAGCUUAAGGAUGAAUUUCUCGCGCCCGAAGCCAUUCUAACGUCGGCUCUGAAUUAAUGCAACUUUGCAACCUUCAGUAAACAGAAUGUGCUAAUUGGCUAAUAUAAAUUACCCAUUAGUGUAGUUGAGUAUCAGAAGAACAAGAGGGGGACUUGAUGGGCAAGAGAGAGAAUACGUUUUCCAGCUGCAAGAAAAUAAGAAGAGGGGGAAUCGCACUAAUGGGAUUACUCUGCUGAGAGCCAGCAUGGAACUGAUGGGUUGAAUGGCCUCCUGAGUGUUAUAACGUUUCUUCAGGUGGAAUUUCUUGCAGACAUUUGUUGUAGUGGACGUGCAUUAGACAGUGUUACUCCAGCACAGAGUUAAGGCCUUGGGAAAGAGUGGAAAGUAGUACCUGUGCAGUGCUAAGGUCUGUUGGAAGAACAUGGCUCAAGAAACCAAUCAGACUCAAGUGCCUAUGCUGUGCACCACAGGCUGUGGAUUUUAUGGGAACCCACGAACGAAUGGCAUGUGUUCUGUUUGCUAUAAGGAUUUUCUUCAAAGGCAAAACAAUAAUGGCAGAAUCAGUCCUGCAUCUGCCAACUUGAGCAGUUUAACAGAUGUGUAUCCUGUUCUAUGCACAGAAGGAAGCCCCCCCGAAAUACCAUCAUCAUUCUCCUCUUCGUCCACAUCUGGCCAUUCUAGUCCACAACCAUUAAUGGGAAGAGGGAAAAGGGGAAGAAAGCAAAAAGAGAAGAAGGGAAGAUCUAUUAAAAGAGAGGGAAGAAAGGGAAGGAAGAGAUCGGUGUCCAACCAGUUGCUGUUACUAUCCCAAGAAUCUGUCACAAAUCCCCAAAAUGAUGGGGAACAUACAGAAGAUAAACAAGAAAUACCCAAAAAAGAGUUACAGGCUUCUACAUCAAAAGAAAUUGCACAGACUUCUUCUAAUGGACAGGACAAGUCCCCUGAAAAACCCAAACAGAAGAAGAACCGCUGUUUUACCUGCCGUAAGAAAGUGGGACUUACAGGAUUUGAUUGCAGAUGUGGAAAUCUGUUCUGUGGAUUACAUCGUUAUUCUGAUAAACACAGUUGUCCUUAUGAUUACAAAGCCGACGCGGCUGAAAAAAUAAGGAAAGAAAAUCCUGUUGUAGUUGGAGAGAAGAUCCAGAAGAUUUGAACUGCUACUUACAUUAAAUUUUUUUCUUUUAAACCACGUGAACCUAAUUAAACAGCGGAGAGGAUAAGCUGAGCUUUGUAGUUCAUUCUGGGAAUAUGGAGCUUUGUACUGCAUAGAUCUUUAAAUCAUGCAUGCACGGACAAUGGAAUCUGAGAACUGACUGUUCUUUCACUUUUCUUUGAAUAUUCUGUGGUUGGAAAAUAACUGCAUAUUUAGAGGCAUCUAUUUUACAGUCAUAUUAAUCUUAGUUAAGUGUCAAACUUAUUUUUAACACACAAGUGGAAGUAUUGGAAGGCUGUGCUUUACCAAUAUUUACGACAUGGUUCAGAUUUGCAUUUGUUUUGUGUACGUGGCCUUUCUCUGCAGCACGAUUUUCUAACAUAGCAGGGCACAAAAGGGCCUAUCAGUAACUGAAUGUAUGCUAACCUCUGCUUUGUUCCGUUCAUGAGAAGGCCCCCAUGUCUCGGCAUUCUGGCUUGUUUGCUGCUCCAUUUCAUUAUUUAUGUACUUCAAGCAAAUGUAUGUGGUUUGAUUUUUCAAUAUGUAUCCUGAAUGGAAAGACUCCAUACGCACUUCAGUGCAGACUACAAGUAUAAUCAGAAAAAUGCUGUGAUGCCUAACUCUGAGCAUAUACGAAACACAGGAUGGUAAUUAUGCUGUAUUUAUGUUAGUUUAUUCACUGUCUUAACUUUGAUUAAAUAAAGUUAUAAAGGAAAUCUUAA